AUGACGAACGCGCAAUCCCGACCCCUGGGGUUCCUCGACUUGCCUGCUGAAUUGCGACUGAUGGUGUAUGAGCUCCUGCCGAACCGUACCACUCGUACUCGAUAUGUGAAGCGCAGCAGCGACGGAACAACUGAGAGCAGCUUCACCCUCAUUAAUCAUGAACCGCCGACUGCCAUUCUUACUACAUGUAAGACAGUCCACAACGAAGCUGCAGCUGUCAUCCGUAAGACCACACAGCAGCUUCUACCUGGAGGAGUGAUCGAGCAGCCUCCUUUUGUCGCUGGCACUGCGCCCAAGAUCGAAACCGAAAUCUCCGCUCUGCCUAUUCUUGGUGCGCCGAAGGGAAUCAUCAAGACAGUCAUCGCCUGGUCUUCUUGCAUUCGUACAACCUCGUCCGUCAACUUCGAUACCUUCUUGGCUUCUCGAGGCUACGACAUGUCCCCUCUUCUCAAAGAGUACGGAUAUUCCAUACAGAGUGGCACGUUCGAAGAGGGAGUCUUUCGUCUACUCUACUUCAUCCGCGAGGCUGGGUACGUGCUUCACCUUCGCCGGACCGACCCAUCGUUGAGUGGCUUCACUUUCCAGGACGGCCACAGAAGCCGAUUGAAAGCCCACCCAUCUCGCACUUUUCACGUUGCCGUUGCGAAGGGCGCCGGAAACGAAGGCUACAAAGAAGACUAUGAAGCGGUCAAAGAGUUUAGUAGAGCGUUAGGCUCAUGUGAUCACACACGCGACAUUCGUGUCAGGAUCCACACCCUUGCCUCCGCAGGACACAAGACCAGUCUAACGGUCCGCGCAGGUGAAUCAAAUGUCGAGUUUCAGCUUGACCGUGAGCAUGGGUCUGUUAUUGCGUCAGGCUGUUUGUUCUUGGGCAGGAACUGUGAAGAGGAUUACAACAGUUUCUGGGUCGAGGGCGAGUGGAAGCUCUGA